CACGCAAAUUCCGCUGCAUUCAAGAUGGUGCUUGCAACGCGCGCCAGUGUCUUUGCCUGUGCUUAUGGCCCCCACAUCCUCGUCUCCACCGGCAAGGAAUCUGCCCAGUUCUCUGUGGCCGCCCAAGUGGUCGCGCUAGCGUUCAACGCCGACGCCAGUGUGCUGCUCGUGGCCUCUCAAGACAAACAGUUGGCCGCAUACAAGGUCGAUACACAGGCGGGUCAUUUGCAGACGUCGUUGGUGGAGGCCCGCGAAGUCCCUCGCAACGCCACAAGUAUGGUCACCUCGCGCAAGACGUUGGCCGACGGCACCCAACAGGACGCCGUGCUCAUCGCUGUGAAUGCCGGCGAAGUCAUGGCGUACCCCGUGCCCCAUGUUUCGAGUCACGAGGGCAAGAGUUUGCUGGCGCACACAACCUCCAUCGUCACGGACGUGGCCAUCAACACCGACAACACGUUGCUGCUGUCUGCGGACCGCGACGAGAAGAUCCGCGUGUCGAACUUCCCCACCACGGCGCUCGUGCAAAGCUACUGCCUCGGGCAUCGCCAAUGCGUGCGCAAGCUAGCCACCAGCGUCACAACCCCGUCGCUCUUUGUGUCGGUGGGGCUGGACGAUACGCUCAAACUGUGGGAGAUGACGACUGGUGAGUUGUUGGACUCGGCUAGCUUGACGGGUGUAGAAACCUCCGCCGACGAGACCAAGCAGUGCGGCCUGGCCGUGUGUCCGUUGACCAAUCACGUGGCGGUGGUGCGCAACAACACAAAGCACGUCGACUUCUUCACCAUCGAAGACAAGGUGCUUCGGCACAUUCGCCACGAAGUGCCGAGCGAGGCGCAGCCGACCCACGUCCAGUUUUUGGCUGACGGGCGACUCGCGGUCGCGUACAAGCAGGCGCCGUUCCUGGAACUGUUUGAAGUGGGCGCCUCCAGCGUCAAGGUUGUGGACAUCCCGAACGUCCACACGUUUGCAGAGCUGGCGGAAAUCACCGUCUUGGGUGAGUGUGUGAAGAUGGUUCAAUAAGAGACUUAUGAAGGGAGGCGUAGGGGAUGCAAAUGAAGAGGACGGGGACUCGGACGACGGCGAAUUGCGCAAGAAGAAGCUCAAGCCGACGCAUUGGAAGGCCAAGUUGCCUGGGAGCAGAGCUACCACCGAAGGCACAACCAACGACGAGUAAACUGUUGUGUCGUAACAACGACCCUUACCGUCGUCAAUCCGUCGCUAGAGUAGUAGUGUAAACGCCCCAUAAGCCACCUCCAAGUAGUACUUGACAUGCCAUUUGAUUCUCAAUCUCGAC